UUCAAAGUUGGUUGGAGAAGCAGGAAAGGGUUUGGGGGAGCAGCGGAAGCCAGGAAAAGCCAUCCUAAUUUGCCUCCCCUACUGAACGAAGUGGACUAUCCCUCCUUCUCUCUCUCCUUUGCUAAGCUUGCGGCACAGUGUUUGCGAACGUCUUUUACUUGCGUUUUAUCGCAUGGGGUAAUCGUAAAGGAUCAGAAAUGAUUAUGAUUGUUAAUAUAUUUCCAUGAAACUUUUACCAUGGAUAACAAAGGUUGUUUUUUUGUUUUUAAUCGUACAUGGUCCUAUGCCAUGAAAAGCUGAAAGGAGGAAAUUUUCAACCUCUCUGCAGAUUGUACUUUGAAAGACAAAAGCACAGACGGCCUGCAUCGUGCGUUGCAUAAGCCUCUAUUUUGUCUCCUUUUCCUCUUGAUUUUAAAAAACUCUUUAAAUCAUUGAUUCUGCCUGCAAUAUAUAGAAGACCAUACAUUUUUUUAACCUAUGAGAAUUCAAAGCAUCGAACGUAGCAGAGGAAGUUAUUCAGCGUUUGCUAGAAACAGUCUGUUAAUUUUUGGCAUCUUUAAUAGGUUCCACCUUGUUAAUUGUUUUUAAGAAACAUUGCAAAACUGCUGGCUUAAAGAAUAUGAGAGUGCUUUCUAUUUAUGGACAAGUUUUUGUUUCUAGCUAUUCAGAGUUCAGAUGCAAUGCAAUCUUAGCUGUUGUUUUCUGGGUUUGUUUAAAAGCAGCCUGUUAAGCAUAGUAGCUUGGCUCUGUAAUUCACAGAUACAUAUCCAGUUGUCUUUUCAAAUUAUGGAGCCAAAUUAAGAUGCAGUGUUUAGCCUACAUUUUAAAAAGACUUAAUAAACCCAGAAAACCCUGUUUAGGUUUGCCUAUGCAAUGAUGGACUUUUGAAAUUUGCCAGCCUGGUGAACACAUUCUCAGUCAAAGUAUGCAGAAUGCAAAUAGUGAUCAAGAUGAAAUGGCCCAUGUAUCACAAGAGAUGAAUGUUAUAAAAAACAAUUUAUGAAAUGGACACAAUAUUGUGCUAUUGAUAUCUUUGUACCAGAUGCUACAUGAGCAGGAGCUUGAAGCAAAUUCAUCAAAUAUUUGUUUGUCCAUGAUUAGAAUACCCAUACUUGCACCAAAAAAACCCCUAAAAAUAGUUGGUUGUACAUUUCAACAAGAUGAGCCGUCGAGGCAACAACUGGGCCUACACAGAGGUCAUUGACCUCCUGGAUAUAUGGGGUGAACAGAAGAUCCAGAAGCUUCUUCAGAGCAGCUAUAGAAAUAUGGACACAUUUCAGGUCAUUGCAAGUGAGAUGGCAAAGCGGGGACAUGAGCGUACUGCUCAGGAGUGCCGAACUAAGACUAAAACAAUGCGAAGGGAUUACAAAAAGGCCAAGGACAACUCUUUUUCUGGGGGUGGCCGUAUUACUUGCCCUUUUUAUGAGCAACUUGAUAGAAUCUUGGCCAGUGAUUCUAAUUUCCGACUCCCUAGGAGGCUACAAAAUGUCACUCUGCCAGAGGACUCUUCCGGGGAUACCAGUUCCCCAUGUCCCAUAGCAGAGGGAGCCAUGCCGGUGGUGACUGAGGACUACAGUGAGAGCCAGGAUCAGCUUUCCCCAUGCACGCAGAUAUCUGUUGAAAUCUCUGAUUCUGCCACUCCCAGCCCCAUGUUCUAUGUGACGAAGGCAGCCUCUGCAAAGCCUGCAAGCAUGGCUUGGCCAGCAGCAAAAAUUGAUUAUCCAGCUUCCUCUUUGCCAUCUAUAUUUGCCAGUAACCCAGGCAGCUCAUCAACCAAAGGCUCAAGAAUGGAUGCAACCACAGCACCUUCACGAGCUCUGCUGCACAGCUGUGCAGGUCUCCCUUCUGAAGAGCGCCUGACGAGAGUCCGAAAGCGGCAAAGGAAAACCAGGAAUGACUUGGUCAUGGAAUUAUCACGGAUUGCAGACAGGAGGGUUCAGACAGCAACUGACAGGAUCCUGUCCUCUCUCAACAGGUAUGCCACAGCAGACCUGCAAGAUCGCGAGAGAGAUCGGGCAGACACUGCACAAAUUAUUGCAAUCAUGCAUCGCCAGACAGAACUGCUGGAAUCACUCGUACAGAUGCAGUCUGUUGAACAGACUCCGGUAUCCCCAGCACCCUCGUGGCAUGCUCGUCCACGUUCUGCAAUCUCUCCUCCCUCCCGCUCUGGUGUCCCAAGGCGGACACUGAUGCCCAGGGUGAACCACAGGAGGAGGCCUCAGAAAUACAGCCCUUAAUUGUUCUGUAGCGGUUUGGCUCCCAGUGUUCUGGUUUAGUUCCUCCACUACCCCAAUUGCUUUAUAUUUCAUAUAUAUAUAUAUAAUUUUAAUGGUUUAAUUAAAACUGUUCCAUUAAGAUUUUGAAGGAGAUAUGAUGAUGUGAUGGCAACAAGUUGAAGCUCCACAGUCUGCUUCUUCAACUUAAAUCUCUCAUCUUUGCAUGGUGGAAGCCAGCUUUCUUCUUCUGUGCAAACAGGAUUACAAGCACCAUUCCAAACACAUACAUGAAAUUGUAUGAUAUUUUUGUAGGGAGUGAAUACUAUAAAAUAUAAGCUAAUAGAGACCAUUUACAUAGUGUUAACAAUAAGUUAGCUGAAGCAUAGGACAUAGUUCCUACUGCAAGGGUUUGGGGCUUUUCAGCUUGCUGUGCUUUUGUACUAAUGGGAAGUGGAAGGAAGUAAUGCCUGUUUCAUCCCCCUUAUGUACCUUUUGUGUUAAAUAAACAUAAGUAUGUUUUCCUUUCCAGCUGAAAGUGGGACUUAUGUCAUGUUGAAUGUAUGGCCUCUCUAGUACAUUACUUGUCCCCAUCUGUGGUGUGGGGAAGGAAGGAAUCAGUGUUAUGCUGAAGUCACUGAUUAAUAACAAACUUCAGGAAUCACAGGUAGAUAAAAUAGUGAAAAGCCUGAAGGAGAAAUGACUUCAUCAGUGAAGUUAGGCAGUUCCAGGCCUAGGGAGAGGUGUGCAUUAGAUCUGGAAAGGGAACCGGGCAAAAGAGACAGCGUAAGGAGAUCUCAGAUGAGUUUCCAUUGGAUGGAGGAUAAAAUGAGCCAUUUUGGAAAGGUGGUAUAGAAAUUGAAUGAAUAAAUAAAUAAAAAGAGGGGAGGAUAACCAUCGUGGAAAGGCAGAGUAUUAAAAACAAAGGCUAAAAAUUUACAUUGAUCUCCUGAGAAGUAGUGCAUUUUAAAGAGGGAUGAUGUGACAAGAACAAUAAAAGCAAGUAUUUUCUCAAGUCACUUUUUGAGAGAAUUUAUGGGAACCCAAACUAAUGAUUUUAAGGAGACAUUCUUUCCAGCUACAAAAUGUUAUAAUUGGAACAUGCAAACCACAAUGGGGAAGAGCAAUGGUUUUUCAAAUGAGUCCCAGGGAGCCCUUAAAGAGAUCUUUCAUGCUGGGCAGACUUUCCUGAAAGACAGCUUGCUCACCACCACGGAUGUUCCCUGGAACAUGAAUUGUGCAAGCCCUUCAGCAUGCCCCACCAUCCUUGGCAAAUGCUUAGGUGUUCCUCACCAGGCAGACAAGCCAGUUAGAAAAUGUUCCUUGAGAGUAGAAAGUUUCCUAGAAGGAAUGUGUGUAACACUUUUUCUUGGAUGAGUGAUAUGGAGGGCUGUAACUCAAGUGCUUUGCGUGCAGAAGGUCCCAUGCUCAAUCCUUGGUAUCUCCAGGUAGAGUGGGAAAGACACUUGUCUGACACCCUGGAGAGCCACUGCCUAUCAAUGUAGAUCAGGGCUGCUCAACUUCGGCCCUCCUGCAGAUGUUGGCCUACAACUCCCAUUAUCCCUAACUAUUGACCACUGUGUUUGGGGAUUAUGGGAGUUGUAGUCCAAAAACAGCUGGAGGGCCAACGUUGAGCAGCCCUGGUGUAGAUAAUACUGCUAGAUGGGUCAAUGGUCUGACUCUGUAUCCAGCAGUUUCCUAUGUUCCUGUGCUCCAGCCAGAUUGAGAGAGCUAGACGGGAUAUAAGUAGCCAUCAAGGAGAACAGAAUAAUUAAUGGAUUCAAGCAGCUGUGGUGAGACAUACCAAUGGAUUAAUGAGAAGCAAAUUGUUUUGGCCGACAAAAAUGACAGCAAUGGGUUAAUGUGUCAUCUCCUAUGGGCUUGACAACUGGGUAGACGAGAUCCCUUGACUCAUUGAGUUACCAAGCAAAGAUAAGUCUCUGUUAACAAACAUACAGUUGAGGAACAUUCUAGUUUAGAAUUGUAUUUUAGCUUUCUUUUGUAACAGCAAACUCUUGUUCUUUACCUGCUUGAUUGCUUGUAUUAUGAAUUCUGCUUCAUAAAAUCUUUGUUUAAACCAA